AUGUCUACUACCGUUGAGGGCGCUGGUGUGUACCCGGCAUUGGAAAACCGCCCAUUGAAAGACACGAUUUGUCUAUUUGACGUCGAUAAUACCUUGUCGCCUGCAAGACGACCCGCCACACAGGAGAUGCUCCAGGCCCUUUCACAAUUGCGCCAGAAAUGUGCCAUUGGAUACGUUGGAGGUUCCGACUUCUCCAAGCAGCAAGAACAACUCGGCUCAUCAACAGUCAAUGUGACCUCCCUUUUCGAUUUCUGCUUCGCCGAGAACGGAUUGACCGCAUACCGCCUGGGAAAGCCUCUUACCGGGAACAGCUUCAUUGAGUGGAUUGGGGAGGAGAAGUAUCAGAAGCUGGUGAACUUUAUCCUGAAGUACAUCGCCAACUUGGAGAUCCCAAAGAAGCGGGGCACCUUCAUAGAGUUUCGCAAUGGAAUGAUCAACGUCAGCCCCAUCGGAAGGAACGCCAGUGUUGAGGAGCGCAUUGAAUUCGAAAAGUACGACAAGGAACACAACAUCAGGAAGCCAUUUGUGGAAGCCCUCAAGAAGGAGUUUUCAGGUUAUGGACUUACCUUCUCCAUCGGCGGUCAGAUCUCCUUCGAUGUCUUCCCUGCUGGGUGGGACAAGACAUACUGCCUCAAGCAUGUCGAGGCCGAAAAGGAAAUUUCGGGGGUUGAGUACAAGACGAUUCACUUCUUUGGCGACAAGGCUUACCCCGGUGGUAACGAUUGGGAGAUCUAUGAUGACUCGCGGACAAUUGGUCACGCUGUGAAGGAUCCCGAGGACUGCUUGAAGCAGAUUAGGGAGCUGUUCCAGCUAUAG